AACACAAGAGCCCAGCAUCUCUCAGUCCAGACAGACCCUGAACAAGGACUUCAAUUGUCUUCUCACUUCUGGACACCAUGUCCUUCUUUUUCAUUUUAAAGGGAAUAGUCUACAACUCUAUUUUUGAGCCUUGCCUUUGAAAUCUGUGAGCUGUAGUUAGUUUUGCUUUGCAGUUUUUAAAAUUGAAGCAAAUCUAAAAGUCUAAAAGUCUAACUUUUUGGAGUUUCUGGGAAGGGGUUGUCUUUGGGACACCAAGUUGGUAUGCUGGAUCCAUUGGCAGAGUUGAGGAGAACAGGAGGUUUCAGGCAAUGCGGUGGCCGGAUGUCCUGGCAGGUGCGCUGGGCACUGUACAGCGUGUGUGUCUUGACAUUAAUAAACUCUGCCGGUCUGGUGCUGCUCCUGAUCCAGCAGAGAGAGCUGUGGGCUCACCUGACCAAGGUGGGGGAGCAGAUGGUGGAAAUAUCUCAGAGUUCUGUGGUGGAGUUCAUGACGCAGGUGAAUGAAGAUGAGGCAGAGUAUCAGUACUCCAGAAGCAAGCACAGCCGGCAGCAUCGGGGGACACGGCCGAUUGCAGAUCAUGACGUGGGUCUGGAAGAGGAAGUCUUGGGUGAUUUACAGUAUCAGCAGCAAAGACAUGGGCAGCUUCUCCAACACAAAUCACAAGAGCAGGAUGGCAUGAUGAUGAUGAUGACGUACUCCAUGGUGCCAGUUAAAAUUCUGCUGGACAUUUGCAACAGCAAUAAAGGAGUCUGUCUGACUGGACCACCUGGACUACCAGGCUUGCCGGGUGUGGACGGAAUGCCGGGAUAUAAUGGAACAGAUGGAAUUCCAGGGUUGCAUGGAAAACGAGGGAAAAGAGGUCCUCCAGGUGAGAAUGGUGAGCCUGGUGAGAGGGGAGAGAAAGGAGAUCCUGGACCCCCGGGACCACCUGGAGAAAAGGGCGAACCUUCAAAUGAUGUCAUUGUAGAGGGUCCACCUGGUCCAGCGGGACCCCCUGGCCUCCCCGGUCCACCCGGCCCUCCAGGACCCCCUGGGCCCCAGGGUCCCCCAAGACACAGGAACCACAGAGCGCAUGUCCACAUGGUGAAGGAAACUGUGGGUCACCUGAAUUCAGUCCCAAAUGAUGAUACCAUCAGCCAGAAAAUGGCAUCAUGGAAGAUAAAUGAUUGCAUAAUAAAGUCCGUGCUGAACCCCAGACACCUAAUGAAAAUGAGCAGCACGUUUGGAGCAUGGAUGAUGGACACCGCAGCUCAGGAUGAUGAGAAGAUCUGGGUAGCAGAACAUUUCUCAGGUCGAAUCAUUAAGGAGUAUAACAGCAUUGCAGCGUUCCAGAACAGCAGCAGUGAAUCCAUUGACGUCAGGAAGUUUUUCCAAGGUUGCGGCCACACUGUACAUAACGGCUCCAUAUUCUACCACAUCGCUGGAACUUCUAAUAUUGCAAAGUUUGACCUUCAUACAAAGAUCUUACACACCCUAAGCAUUGAAAACGCCCUGUAUCACAACCUGUCCUACCUCCUUCACAACUCAAAGACGUAUUUCAAAUUAGCAGCAGAUGAGAACGGUCUGUGGAUCAUAUUUGCCUCCAGCAUAGACGACAACAUCAUGGUGGCUCGAAUGGAUGAGAAGACGUUCUCCAUCACCAGCUACAUCAACACCACCUACCCCAGGACCAAAGCCGGAAACAUGUUCAUCGCCUGCGGGAUCCUCUAUGUCACGGAUAUUAAGGACAUAAAGGUGACCUUCGCAUUUGACCUCCUGAAAGGGAAGCCUGUCAGUGUCAGCUUGGUUCUGAGGGCACCUGGAGGGCUUCUGGCUAUGAUCUCAUACAACCCCAUAGAUAAACAUCUGUACGUGUGGGACAGCAGCUAUGUCAAGUCGUACCAGGUCCGGUUUCUCUCUGAUGAAUAAAAUCAUUGGAGUACUUCGUGUUUUGCAGCAUUUUGCUUUGUCAUGUUUAACCUUUUAGUAUUUUUAAGUAAAUAAUAACUAAUGCUUCACUUGCCCAAAUGCAUUCCAAUAUUUUUUUCUUGAGUAAAUGCUAAAUUAUGAAUAAAUGUUUAAUCUAGUGUUAUUGUCCAUGCUGUAAGAUGUAUUUAUCUUCAUCUUCAUGUAUUUAUUUGUGUUAUGUAUAGUUUUGACAGUUAUAUGGUGCAUUUUCCUUUUUUUUAUUGCUAACAUGUAAACAUUUCCUCCAGUUCAAUGGGCUUCAAUGAGCUAAUUUGUCAUUUGUAAAAUCAUUCUUCAAAAAUGGUCUUAUGAAACAUUUACACAGAAAUUAGCUCUGCUCGUGUGAGUAGAGGUUUUGUGAAUGAGGCUUAAAGUAUAUAAAUAAUAAAUAUAAUUAUACGUAUUUUCUAGGGAAUUAGGAAUUUUGUACACUCCUCUAACCAUUGAUGUAAAUGUUUUAGAGCUUUACUUUAUACAGGGUUCCCACACCUUUUGACCAAUAAA